GUAGGUCUGCGAUGUGGUUGAACAUCUUUAACAGAGACGAGCUAUGCUGUGACGUCACAACAAAAUGGCGAACAUUCGGUGUGUGAAGGGAAUGGUGGGCCUGGUAACGGGCGGGGCGUCGGGUCUGGGUCGGGCCACGGUGGAGCGUUUGGUCCAGAGUGGAGCGUCUGCUGUGAUCGUGGACCUGCCCUCCUCUGAUGGACGGGCCCUGGCCGACAGUCUGGGGAAAUCCUGUGCCUUCGCUCCUGCAGACGUCACGUCAGAAGCAGAUGUGCAGUCGGCCGUGUCUCUGGCCAAGGAGAAGUUUGGGAAGUUGAACCUGGCGGUUAACUGUGCCGGCAUCGCCGUGGCCGUCAAAACAUACAACUUUAAAAAGGACCUUCCUCACAGUCUGGAGGAUUUCCAACGUGUCAUCAAUGUGAACAUUGCAGGAACGUUUAACGUGAUCCGGCUGGCCGCGGGGGAGAUGGGGAGGAACGAGCCUGAGGCCGACGGACACAGAGGCGUCAUCAUCAACACGGCCAGCGUUGCAGCUUUUGAUGGACAGGUUGGGCAAGCAGCAUAUUCUGCGUCUAAAGGAGGGAUCGUUGGAAUGACCCUCCCCAUCGCUCGAGAUCUGGCCCCCAUGGGGAUCAGAGUCGUCACAAUCGCACCUGGGCUGUUUUCCACUCCUCUUCUUGCCAGUCUUCCGGAGAAGGUGCGCUCCUUCCUGGCCCGCCAGGUGCCGUUCCCCUCGCGCCUGGGAGACCCCGGAGAGUUCGCCCACCUGGUGACGUCCAUCGCUGAGAACCCCAUGAUCAACGGGGAGGUCAUCCGGCUGGACGGAGCCAUCCGCAUGCAGCCCUGAGUCCUGCUGUGUACGUGUGUGUGUGUGUGUGUGUGUGUGUGUGUGUGUGUGUGUAUUCAUUAUCUCCUCUUAGUACCACUUACUUUUCUUGUAUUUUGUUGCCUUUAUUAACACGAGUGAAUGAUCACCAGGUACUACUGAAGCCAUUGUGACUAAAUGCCAUGUAGAUGCCUGUCUUCUAGAAGGAUUGGAAUGUCAAUGAUAUUCAAUAAAAUUGAAACGUUUAAUGUAUGAAA